CUUAGGAUCAAUAUCAGUGGGUCUGUCGCUUGCGGGAUCCAGAACCAAGUUGCCGGUGCGCUUGGAGGAUCGGAACAUCUGGUUAUGCUGUAUCCUUACAGUGUCUCGUCUGGAACGGUUGGGGACCCUGUGUUGUUUGUGUCGUCUAUUGAUUAUUCUGUUGACACUGUUGAAAAACGAUCAGCGUUUCCCGGACGAAAUACGCUGUGCGUGUGGUUGUGUUUCGAAUAUUGUAGCAAUGGCCACGACUCCUUUCCUGGCGCUGAGACUCCAGCUGGUGCUGCUGCUGGCGAGCCACGCCGUGCCAGUGCUGAGUGCCGAGUUCACCCAUGACCGGAAGAGAAUCGGCCCUCUGGAAUCCGUGCGAGCCGAGUACGGAUGCCUGAAAAAGUUCGAUGUGAGUGAGAAGACAAUCAUUCGGACACAGGACUCACAGGAUCUCGGGGCAAAGUUCCUCGAGGAGUCGGACGUGGGGAACAGGGAGGACUGCCUGUCGCUCUGCUGCAAGACUCAGCACUGCAAUGUGGCUGUCUUCGAGGAGAAGGAGUCGGGGUCGUGCUACUUGUUCGACUGCGGGCAGCCCGUCGAUAUCAAGUGCAAGUUCAAUACUCACAGCCAUUACACGUCCGCCGUGCUGAGGGUCAACAGGCACCAGCUGGAGCUGAGUCUCUGGUCAGAGCAGAGUCAGCAUGAAGCGGAACUGGCGAAUCUAAGGUCUUCGUCAGAGCUGGAGGAGUCCCUGCCAGUUCCAGGAACAAACCACGCAUCUCCAACGACGCACCCGACGCCGUCCUCCAAGCUCCCUACGACCACGACCACGACCGCCACCACCACGACCACGACCACAGAAAAGCCCACUCCUGCUCGUGAGUAGCUCGUACCGUCUCUCUUGUGAACUGCACACACUCGGCCGGGGAGUGCAGAUCGAAAGAGCAAUUUGUGUUAUGGUUUUAAGUCAUCCAAGGUAUGAGAGUCAAUGACGGAGCCUGUGUAACGUAAUUAGACCUGCAGUUAUGUUUGUCCGCAUGAACGAUGGAUAAAGAAUAAAAAAGAAAAGAAAAGAAAAAGAAAGAAAGAAAAAGAAAACAACUAGUAAGGGCGGGGUUAAUCUCGGCCUAGACUAUUAUGUAAUGGCAGCGAGAGGCUUACUUUCCGGUUUUGCUGGAAAAAAAUGUAAAACAGAUUUACAAGAGACAGCCGGAACGUUACAUUCCCGAGCGCCACGAAAGUUGUUUACUAAAUGGUCUUCCAAACCAACAAGUAUAACGUACGAGGAACUGUUUCGUUAUUUGGUUUCCUUGACAGCACAGAAGAUUCUCCGAAACUUAUGCGAAAGACCGUGCGUGUGUGUAUGUGUGUGUCGUGGAAUAUUUGCAGCGUUUACUGGGGCUUUUGCGAGGAUUUGUGCAAAGUUGAGGGAAAGUCCUCCGCUGCCUUGGGACACGACUGGGGAACGACUUGCCGCUUGAGCAGAUUCCCGAAUUCGCUUCAUCAUUGCGAGUGUUUUCUGCGCUGCCGGAAUGACUCACAUUCGCGACGAAAUGUUUCCAGUCGA